AUGAUGCCCACGAAGCAUUCGCCCCGGCGGAGCCCCAGCCUGGAAGCCUCGGGUGUUCCCGCAACUGCGACCACCACGGCCACAGCAACUUGCACCCCGGCAAGCUCUGCGAGUGUGGCUGGUGAUCGGCAGCGGCCACAGACUCCGAAGGAAAGUGGAACAGCCGCCAGGAAAGCGGCAAGUAACCUGCAGCCCGAAGCAAGGGGGCACAUUACAGACCCGAAAACUGUGCAAGUGGCGGCCCUGAUGGAAAGGAUCGCACGUCUCGAGUCGGUGCUGGAAAAGGCAAGGGCAAGUGGAGGACAAGCAGAGGCCGCCAGGAAUCCCGUUGGAAUCGGGGCACGCGGCGUUGGAGUGAGCGGUGCGGCGAAUACACCGCCAUGUUUGAGUGGAAUGAUGCAAACGGAGCUUGGAGUGACGUCAUCGGUGCAGUUGCCGGCACAAUUGAGUGCAAGUUUGCCGCCACAAUGGAGUGGAAAUUUGGCGCCGACGCUGGGCAGCCAUUAUGGAAACGGGCAACCUAUCACACGGACAUACACACCAACAACAACAGUGGGCUAUUCUCUGCCAUUUUGUGUGACCGCCACGGCGCAGCCUGGGCUAGGUUAUGUCCAUCCGCCACGGGAGCCGACACACAAUUUGGAGGUAUCUGCACCAUCGCACCUGCCACAUGAAGUGGCGACGGCGAGCGUACCUGGAUGGACGCCACGUAGAUGGCCUGAUCUUCCUGACUUCGACGGUCAGCCAGAGGAAUGGCCAAUAUUCCUGUGCGCGUUCACGGAGACAACGGCAGCCUACCGGUGUACACAACUGGAAAACAACCAGCGGCAAGUGAAAGCCCUGAAAGGCGACGCCCGAGAGACAGUGAAGUCGUUGCUCAUCCAUCCCAGCAACGUAGAAGCCGUUAUGGAGCAGCUUCAAUUUCGGUAUGGACGUCCGGAGCUACUCAUCCGUAGCCAACUGGAUAGCGUGCGCGAUGUGCAGCCAAUUCAGGAGGCCAACAUCGCAAGGAUCGUCCCGUUCGCAACGAAGGAGCUGAUCGCCAAGUUGCCGCUGAGCAAGAGGUUGGACUGGGCGAGGCACGCGGUCACGAUACAACCGUAUCCGACAGUGGUGCACCAGAGCGAAUGGCUUCAUGAAUUCGCCAGACUGGUGUGCACUGUCACGGACGUUGGAGCCAAGGAGCAACCGAAGCGAAGGAUCCUGCACGCGAAUAGUGUUCGCGAGGAGGAGCGGUAUGCCGACCGCCCCAGAUGUUGCCCUAUAUGCGAGGGACAACACCAGAUCAAGGACUGCAAGGAAUUCAACGGCGUUUCUACGACGACGCGGAUCGAGUCAGCGAGGAAUUUGAGGUUAUGCUUCUCGUGUCUGGAGCCCGGACACAUGUCCCGGUUCUGCAGGAAGAGCCGCGGAUGCAACGUCCACGGAUGCCAAAUGAGGCAUCACUACCUUCUCCACGAGUCACCUGGACAUUCUAGACAGCCGUACGUCGCAGAGGGAGGCCGCAGGAGCGACCAGAGAAGCAGCAGCAAACGGAGUGGAAUACCACGACCAGUGGAUUCCAACGAGAGGAGCCGUCCCACGUCAGCCGCAGUUAUAGACGCGGGGCGUGAGCAGGAGAAAAGGCGAUCGACGUGUGACCGCCACGAUUUGACGCACCGGAACGUGAGCUGCGUUGAUUCGAUUGGAUUCCACCUGCUAUUCCGGAUUGUACCCGUGACAUUGUACGGGGAGAAUACACAGGUCGACACCUAUGCACUGCUGGAUGAAGGAUCGUCUGUCACGCUCAUCGACGACGAAUUCAUCCGCAGCCUGAACCUGAAAGGCGAGAGUCGCCAACUGAACGUGCAAUGGUUUGGUGGGAAAUCUGCCAAAGAGCACACAAAAGUGGUCAACCUGCAGAUCAGUGCAGCGGGCAAGCCAAAGCGCCAUGGGCUGAAGAACGUGUACGGAGUAGCCAAUUUGAACCUUCCGAUGCAGAGCCUGCGUCGGGAUGAUGUACAGGCAGUGAAGGCGAAUGCGCGCCUGCCUGUGAAGCCGUACAACAAUGCGACGCCGAGGAUCCUAAUUGGACUGGAUCAUGCGCAUCUUGGAAUACCCCUCAAAACAAGAAGCUAUGGAUCUGGAGGACCAUUUGCAGCAGCCACCGCACUUGGAUGGGUGGCCGUGCCCCAGGAUAAUCUUCUGGAGAAGAGGGUCAGCGAUUAUUUCGAGAUCGAGAAUUUCGGAGUAAAGCCGGCACAGCCAGUCGCAGCUGGCGGAGUGGAGCUGGCGCCGUCAGUCGCAGAUGGCGGCGAUGCACGGGCCCUGAGAAUCCUGGAGGAGACGACUAAGCGAGUAGGUCGACGAUAUGAAACCGGGCUGCUAUGGAGAGACGACGAGGUGAGACUGCCGGAGAGCUAUAAUAUGGCGCUCAAGAGACUCGUCAACAUCGACGGAAAGACGAAAUGCGCUCCGAUGACGACUAUGUCGAUCCCGCGACUGGAACUUCAGGCAGCAGUAUUGGGCACGCGACUGAUGGACACCGUCAAGCAAGAGCACGGUGUGGCGAUCAGCAGCUGCGUAUUAUGGACGGACUCUAAGACUGUGUUGCACUGGAUAAGCAGCACCCACCGGAUAUACAAACAGUUCGUCGGUAAUCGAGUGGCGGAGAUCUUGGAAUCCACGGAGGCGUCCCAGUGGAGAUGGAUUCUGUCUGGCGAAAAUGUGGCAGACGACGCGACGAGGCCGCGCAAGGCCGUGGACCUGAGCAUCGGUUCGAGAUGGCUAAGCGGUCCAACAUUUCUUCGAGGACCAGAGGAGAGCUGGCCAAGAUCGAACGAGGGGUGGAUCCCUCCGACGCCCGACGAAGAGGAAAUGAAAUGUGAGUUUGCUUUGGUCAUGGUAAAUUUCAUAUCCCUGCAGAGAUUCUCCAACUACAAUCGACUGUUGAGAAGCACCGCAUGGGUGCUCAGAUUUAUUCGUCGGUGCCGUGGACUACGAUACGAUGGAGAGGAUCACGGACUGACAUCGAUGGAGUGCGCUGAAGCUGAGCGCGCACUAGCACGGCAAUCGCAGCGAGAAGCGUUUGCUGAGAACGACCAAGGGAAGGCCGCCAAGGGCAGCCGAUUGCAUGGACUGUCCCCAUACUUCGACGAGGACGGAGUAAUGCGAGCCAGCGGAGGGAUCGACGACGCGACGAGUGUGCCAUACAGCGCACGUCGACCGAUAAUACUGUGUCACGACGAGGCACUGGCGGAGAUGAUCGUGCAGCAUCACCACGAGAGGAUGUGCCACCAAAACACGGAGGCAACCAUCGGAGCGAUCCGGCAAAAGUUCUGGAUUACGAACUUACGGAGGCUGCUACGAAGGGUGGUGAGCAAAUGCAACGUUUGCAAGCUGCGAAGGGCACGACCAACUCAGCCCGAGAUGGGUCCUCUACCAGAGGACCGGCUGGAUGCCAACGGAUGGCCCUUUAAGUUCACCGAAUUGGACUAUUUUGGACCGCUAUUUGUGACGGUUGGACGACGCACGGAGAAGAGGUGGGUGGCACUGUUUACGUGUCUAACCACAAGAGCUAUCCACUUGGAGAUGGCUCACGAUUUGUCCACCGAUUCCUGCAUAAUCGCUAUGAGGAACUUCAUGUGCCGACGUGGACCCGUCGUCAGGAUUAGGAGCGACAAUGGAAAGAACUUCGUUGGAGCCGACCGCGAAGCCAGGAGGCUCAACGAAGUGUUCGAGCCUGCACAGAUCCAGGGCGAGCUGUCAUCCAAAGGAGUCGAAUGGAUCUUCAAUUGCCCGGCGAACCCAGCUGAGGGUGGCGCCUGGGAAAGGAUGGUGCAGUGUGUGAAGAAGGUGCUGGCGCACACGAUGAAAGAACUUGCGCCCAAGGAGCACGUACUGGAGAACCUGCUGAUUGAGGCGGAGAACAUAGUGAACUCUCGUCCGCUCUCUCAUCUACCAGUGACGGUGGACCAGGAGGCUCCACUGACACCCAACGACUUGCUGAAGGGAGCACCCGAUGUUCCAGACCUUCCCAAGGAUGACGGACAGGAGUUCGUGAGAUGCGCUACCAGGAAGCAGUGGCGCAUAGCGAGGAUGAUGCGGGAUCGUUUCUGGAAGAGAUGGGUGCAUGAGUACCUGCCUACACUUGUGCGCAGGGAGAGAUGGUGCAAGCACGUCGAGCCAAUUCGCCGAGGAGACCUGGUGUUCAUCUGUGAUCCUGCCAUACCACGAAGGAAGUGGAAACGAGGCGUCGUGGAAGAGGUGUUCACCGGAAGAGAUGGAGUACCUCGUCGAGCGGCAGUGCGGACUAACGAUCGAGCCAAGACUAUAAUGCGUUCCGCUUCGAAGUUAGCUGUCCUGGAUGUGGUGAAUGCGGCUGCUUCACGGGGGUGGGGAUAUCGCGGAACGGAUUAG